CGUGUGGAUGUGCAAGUGAGGGUCUGUGUGAGUGUGAGCCAGUGGGUGCGCAGAGGCGUGGUUCGUUGCGUUGCACGUUGCUAAGAGCAAAUUUGGCAUAUAAGCGCAAAAUGCGCAGCAGUCCCGUGCAGCCCGCUGCUAACGGUAUCCAACAGGUACCUGAACACACUUGUGAGCUCUCUGUCCUGAGUGGAUGUUGCAGAGCUGUAGACCGGACUGCUUGCGCUCAAUCCGUGUGAUGGAUGGAUUUAAAGGCUCCUUGGAUUGGAAAACUGUCAUUAUCCAGUGAACGACAGACGGCUUAACUCUAGGAAUAUUACACCUGGGAGAAAGGUUGGCGCAAUUUAGAGUAUUCCUCGCAGCAUCAGUGUUUUCCCCAUCAUGAGGAGGUCUAUUGUUUUCCCUGGCUUGCUGAGAGUAGCAAUCUUGUUCCUUUGCCUGAACUCGACCAUCCAGGCCCUGGCCCUCACCAACUCCACCCGGCUCGAGUCCAUCCUGAACAAGUAUACAAACAAAGAUGAGGAGUGGUGGAGGGCCAAGCCUAGAGGGAGGAGGGCCAUCAGCGAGGGAGACAUGCACCUCAUCCUGGACCUGCACAACAAACUGCGGGGUCAGGUCUACCCUCCUGCUUCCAACAUGGAGUACAUGGUAUGGGAUUACGAGUUGGAGAGAAGUGCAGAGCACUGGGCUCACACCUGCAGAUGGGAACAUGGACCGAGUCACAUGCUGACACAAAUAGGCCAAAACCUCGGAGCACACUGGGGCAGGGACCGGCCCCCAACCUACCAUGUCCAGGCCUGGUAUGAUGAGGUGAGGUAUUAUAGCUAUCCCUACGCCCAGGAGUGCAACCCACACUGCCCAUUCAGGUGUUCGGGACCUGUUUGUACUCAUUAUACUCAGUUGGUGUGGGCGACCAGUAAUCGCAUUGGCUGUGCCAUCAACGUGUGUUACAACAUGAAUGUGUGGGGAAUGAUCUGGGCCAAAGCAGUCUAUCUGGUCUGCAACUACUCCCCGCCAGGCAACUGGUGGGGUCAUGCUCCAUACAAAUAUGGGACUCCCUGCUCUGCUUGUCCAGCGAGCUAUGGUGGGGGAUGCAGGGACAACCUCUGCUAUAAACACGGAGGUGUUGACAGGCGUCCGGCUCCUGAGAUUGAGGAGACCAAUUACAUUGAACCCGAACCAGAACCAGUAAGAGACGGAGAGCCCCGACCCAGGGCCCAGGCACCAAGCACCUCGCCCAGUGACAACCUGGAAAGAGACAUGGUUGUCAGCACAGAGCAGAUGUGCCAACAGGUGGACUGUGAGACCAAGCUGAGGGAUCAGUGCAAGGGAACAACCUGUAACAGAUAUGAGUGCCCACCCGGUUGCCUUGAAAGGCCUGGAAAAGUAGUUGGGACUGGAUACUAUGAUAUGCAAUCCAGUGUGUGUGGAGCUGCGCUACACUUUGGUGUUAUUGACAAUGAUGGAGGAUGGAUCGAUGUGACCAGACUGGGCAGAAAACAACAUUUCACCAAGUCAUACAAGAAUGGUAUUCAAUCCAUUGGGAAAAACAGAAGUGCAAAUUCUUUUAAAGUUGAGUCUGUGCCUGUCAAGGCAGUAAGAUGUGAUACCACUGUGGCGCUUUUCUGUCCUUUCAAGAAACCUGUACGACACUGUCCCAGGUUGUAUUGUCCUAGGAACUGUUUGCGUGAGAGCCAAGCACGAGUUAUUGGGACAAAAUACUACUCAGAUAAGUCGAGUAUCUGCAGAGCGGCCAUUCAUGCUGGAGUGAUCAAGAACGAGUCAGGAGGUUACCUUGAUGUGAUGCCAGUAGACAAGAAGAGGCAUUAUAGCGGCAGCUAUCAGAAUGGCAUCACCUCAGAAAGCCUAACAAACCCCACAGCAGGAAAAGCCUUCAGAGUGUUUGCAGUCAUCUGAAAACCACUCAAAAGACAAAGUACCCUCAAAUCCAGCUUCAUCCACUUCAAAUCCAGCAAACCUACUCAUUAUCAAUUUACAACCUAUAAUUAUGUACAUUCCUACAGUGAGCACAUCAGUGUUACUGAUACUGUCACUAAAAGUGUAACUCAAGGCUUUGCUUCUAUCUUUGGCCAUGACUGAAUCACUGUCCAGUAAUAAUGUAGCAAAUGAUGUCUUCUGUCUCAUAUCUUUCCCUGAACAUCUUGAGCUGACCAUAGACAUGAUACCACGACACGCUGUUUUUAGCUUUCAAAGCUGUGUUUAAAGCAUCAGAUUUAUUACCUUUCCAGCAGCUUGACAUUUUAAAAAGACUAAAAUCAGCUGUGUUUGCUGACUAAUUUAAAAAGCGCACGCAUCACAUCUAUAUAGAAAAAAGGAAGGUAAAACACUGUUUCAAUUUAGUCAGUGCUAGGUGUGUCUAUGGAGGAACAAAUUGGCCAUAUUAACAUAAUAUAAGAUAAUGAAGUAUAAAAUGACAAAAAAAAUCCAAAACAUAUAUAUGUUAUUACACAUACUGUCUACAAAUCUUAAACACAGAGUCCUUCAAAUAUGCAAAGUGGGUUCCUCAUGGCAUAAAUGUAUCAGUUUAUCACAAUGCUGAAGUCAUAUUGUCAGUUUAACAUGCACAGAAAGGAAUUUUAAAUAAUGAUACAAUUUUGAAUUAACAUCAGAGAAUCGUAGAGUUUCCAUAAAGACACAAUACUCUGAGCGGCAUUCAUCACUGGCACAGAAAUUAUUAUUCGUUUCGGUUUUCUGAUACGUCUGGUUGGGGUCUCCAAAUAUUCUGUCUGGUUAUAGUGUUAAUAUACACACUUAACAUGGAUAUUACAUAUUUUUGUAUAUAAUGUUGUAAAUAAUACUGAAAACACGCUUGCUAUUCUCCUCUUUUUAAUGUACAAUUUAACAGCCACACAAGUCAAUGCACAGUAAUUGCCACAACAGCUUCUGUAUGCAGAACAUGCAUCUGCCCCUCAAGCUUUUAUAUUCGCCAUAGAGUGAAUAUGUUGAUAUGACUGUAAAUAUUGUAUGUGUGCAUGUGUAACAGAUAUUUUUAUAUUUUAUUCUGCAUUCCUAGCUCUUGGUUUUGUUUUGUUUUUUACAUUUUUAUAAGUGGACCUGGCUGGCCAGGAAUGCGCAUGGCAUAAUCUUAAUUCCCAAAAAUUCUUAAAAAGUAUUAAAAAUGUACAAAAUUAUAUAUUGUGUCAUUCUCUGACUUUAUUAGAGACUUUUGUGCUUAAAAAACAUUCAGCUUGAAUGACUCAGCAACCUU